AUGUCACAUCAAACGGGCAUUCAAGCGGGUAACGAUGUGAAGGACGUCUUCGCCAAAGCCAGGAGCGGAGACCAAUAUCGAGUCUUAAAGGUUGUCAUUGACGGUGAGCAACUGACGAUGGGCACCACCGGGAAAGCGUCAAAGAAGUGGGACCAGGAGUAUGACUCCUUAGUUGUGCCGCUCCUCGAGGAGGACGUGCCCUGCUAUGUUCUGUACCGGCUGGACUCCACUAACAACCAGGGCUACGAGUGGAUCUUCGUGGCCUGGUCACCGGACAACUCCACUGUGCGACAUAAAAUGUUAUACGCUGCUACCAGAGCCACACUGAAGAAAGAGUUUGGAGGCGGGCACAUCAAGGAUGAGAUUUUCGGUAACACAAAGGAUGAAAUUAAUCUCAGUGGAUACAGGAAAUAUCUGGCCUCGCAGGCUGCUCCCCUGCCCCUCACUGCUGCAGAAGAGGAACUGAGGCAGAUUAAACUAAACGAGGUGCAGACGGACAUCGGCGUGGACACCAAGCAGCAGACUCUGCAGGGCGUGGCCUUCCCUAUUCACCAAGACGCGAUCGCAGCACUUGAACGCUUUAGGGACAAAAGAAUCAAUUACGUACAACUGGAAGUCGAUGCUGUCAAGGAGCUGAUCCGAUUGUCCAACACUGAGCCAACAGAGUUGAAAGACCUGCCGAUGAGAAUCCCUAAAGAGUCUGCACGUUACCACUUCUUCCUCUACAAACAUUCCCACGAAGGCGACUACUUAGAGUCCACAGUCUUCAUCUAUUCUAUGCCCGGGUACACUUGUAGCAUCCGAGAGAGGAUGUUGUAUUCCAGCUGCAAAAAUCCCCUGGUCGACAUGGUGGAAAACAAUCUCCAGAUUGAGAUUGAGAAAAAGUUGGAGAUUGACAACGGGGAUGAAUUGACCGGUGACUUCCUGUACGAUGAGGUGCAUCCCAAGCAGCACGCACACAAGCAGGCCUUCGCCAAGCCCAAAGGCCCGACUGGGAAGAGAGGCGUCCGCCGCAUCACCCGAUCACCCGCAGAGGGAGAGGAGAGGGAUUAAACAGACCUCAGCGCCCAAACCACCACCCUGAGCACGUUCCACAGCGGAACAUUCCUGCGACGGGGAGAAAUCAUAUUUGACACGCUUGUUUAAAACGAAUAAGACGACAACCUCAAAUUCCCACAAAGUUCCCCAGAGACCCAACUAUGCACGCCAAGGACAACUGAGCAAUGACACACUUCAGAGUUUCCAUUUGUAGCUUGUCAAAUGGAACCAUAUUCAUGUCUGUUAGUAGAGUCACCGUUUAUUUACAAUGACUCCAAGAGGCCCAAAGUUAAACUUGAGGUUUUUACAUUGUUGCCAGCUCUGAGACUGAAAAUGUGACUAAUGUGAACUUGCGCCAAUAUGAUAACCCCCCCCCCCCAUUUUGUGUUCACAUCCUUGAAUUCUUAACAUGCAUUCCUUAAGUCUGUGUCAAUUAAUGUGUUCGUGUUUAACAUGUUGAAUUUGUCUCCCACUGUUUGCACAGUGAAGUGCUCCAAAGCACAAACGUGAUCCCAUCGGUGUCCAUCGAUUCAUUUUAACAGUGCAUUUUAUAUUGGAAAGUUGACUUCUUUUUUGAUAUAACUGUGGUUUACAUGAAAAAAUCAUCUGCUGAGAAACUUAUUUUUCUAUGCAAGUGCUGUAAAUGUACAUAUUGUAGCUGUGUGAUGCUCUAUGAUUAAGAAACAGUCGGGUCUGUGUCGGUGAGGAUCACAGUGGAAAGAACCAGGGCUUCCAGAAAUAUUCCAUCAAUACAUCUCAGAUUUCUUUCAGAGGAAGCCACUCAAACAUGGCUGGUUCCCAAACAAGAGGGCAACCGGAUAAUAAAGGGAACGUUAUAAUUACCUUGAUCAAAAAUGUCGCCACAUCCACUGGUCUACUGAUUAAUAUUAGGCAAACUACUUAGCUCACCUCAUGUCUGAAGGGAAAAUCAUUUCCUGUAUUCAUACUGUGUCAUUCUAAUAGAAAAAAAAAAAAAAUCAUGUUCGGUCUUAUUUGUUUUCUUACCAAUCUUUCAUUUAAAGAAGAAAAAUAAAAUAUUUAAAUCACA